AUAUUUUUGUGCGAAAAUAGGCAGCUAGAAAUAAGUGCCCAGCCAUGUUGGGGUUUAUUUUCAAAGGUACCUACAAAAAUAAAUCGCAGGAAGUGAAGCUGCCAUGACUGAUAUCAAGAUCAGACAUGCUUGUCCAAAUGUUCUAUAUAUAUCAUCUUCUCCAUCCCUCAAGUCAACAAUCUGUGGAUUAGGCCUCUGUGCUGUCAGCCUGCUGUUUUUCUUACAAUGUGAGGGGUGUAUGCUGGCAUCAGUGGCAUUCACGGCGGCCCUGCUGGGAGCUGGCCUAUCUGAGCUCGGCGAGUGGGAGGACGUGAUCACCGACCGCAGCUCCGGCCAGCUGGUCAUGUGUCACCGGAGCUGGCACGAGCGGCUGAUGUCGCACACCUGCCGCACCAGCGUCACGCCACUGACCCAGGUGUCGGGCGUGUGUCUCAUGACCGCGGGCCGUGGCUGGCGCGGCGUCUGCUUGGCGCCCUGUCUGCGCCUCCGCGCGGGAGGAGCGAAGCCUCUCUUCAGACGCAGCUUUCCUCCUGGACAUCAGGCGGAGCUGCGGGCGCUGAUCGAUCAGCUGACAACGUUCCUGGGACUGGCGCGGCUGCAGUCGGUGGAGGGCGAGCCGACCGACUGGGAGCUGGAGCUGGAGCCGGAGCUGGAGCCGGAGCCGGUCACCACUCUGGAGAGCCAGUCCAAGACCAUUCGGCUGCUGCUCGCCGACAAGGCCUGCACCGAGCCGUGAAGUCACGUGCGGGAUGACGCAGUCUGCGGUGACGUCAUGCACAGGGUGACGCAUCGGACUGCGGCCAAUGGGACGUGAUAUCGGGUCGUGACGUCAGACCUCGGGUGAUGUCAUAUGGAGCACGCCCAGGGUGACACCAUGCCCAUCUUUGGCUUCAAGAGUAGUGUGUUAGGACGUUUUCAGGCUGACUUUACAUGGAGUGGUGACGUUUUCAGGGUGAGGUCAUACCAGGCAGUGACGUCAUACGCGUGACAUCAUAUCUGGUGUGGUGUGGCCCCAAGGUGCCGCUGUCGGAGUGGC